AGUCACAAUGUUGGCUGUACGUCAGUUGAAAUUGCGCAGAGUUGAAAUGGCGGAGACGACGGACAGGAUGGAGGGGGAAAGCUCAGUGAAGCCUUCGGCGGAGGAUAUGACGUCUAAGGACUAUUACUUCGACUCCUAUGCCCACUUUGGCAUUCACGAGGAGAUGCUGAAAGACGAAGUCCGCACGCUCACCUACCGCAACUCCAUGUUCCACAACAAGCACCUGUUCAAGGACAAGGUGGUACUGGAUGUGGGCAGUGGCACCGGCAUCCUGUGCAUGUUCGCGGCCAAGGCCGGCGCCAAGAAGGUCAUCGGGAUCGAGUGCAGCAGCAUAUCUGACUACGCGGUGAAGAUCGUCAAGGCCAACAAACUGGACCAGAUCGUGACGAUCAUCAAGGGGAAGGUGGAGGAGGUGGAGCUGCCGGUGGAGCAGGUGGACAUCAUCAUCUCGGAGUGGAUGGGCUACUGCCUCUUCUACGAGUCCAUGCUCAACACCGUCAUCUACGCCCGUGACAAGUGGCUGAAACCAGACGGGCUGAUAUUCCCCGACCGAGCCACCCUGUACGUCACGGCCAUCGAGGACCGGCAGUACAAGGACUACAAAAUCCACUGGUGGGAGAACGUCUAUGGCUUCGACAUGUCCUGCAUUAAGGAGGUGGCCAUAAAGGAGCCUCUGGUGGAUGUGGUGGAUCCCAAACAGCUGGUCAGCAGCGCCUGUCUCAUCAAGGAGGUGGACAUCUACACGGUGAAGAUCGAGGACCUGUCCUUUACCUCGCCCUUCUGCCUGCAGGUGAAGAGAAACGACUACAUCCACGCGCUGGUCACCUACUUCAACAUCGAGUUCACCCGCUGCCACAAGCGCACCGGCUUCUCCACCAGCCCAGAGUCUCCGUACACGCACUGGAAACAGACGGUGUUUUAUCUCGAUGACUACUUGACAGUGAAAGCAGGAGAGGAGAUCUUCGGCACCAUCAACAUGAAACCUAACGUCAAAAACAAUCGAGAUCUUGACUUCACAGUGGACAUCGACUUCAAGGGCCAGCUCUGCGAGGUGUCCAAGACCUCCGAGUACCGGAUGCGCUAGCUGCUCCUGCUGGCGCGCGUGCAGGAAGGAGCAGUGGGGUUUGUGUGUGCGCGUGUCUACGCACGUGUGAUGUCAGUUCCUGUUUCUCUUUUUUUUUUUUUUGCCUAAGCUGUGACAUGAUUCUUGUAACAAUAUUUUUAAAGAUUAAGUUUUGCUUUUGAGACAUUUUGUUCAGAAAUGGUUAGUUUUUAAAAUGCGCGUCUGUGAAGUGACAAAGCCAAAUUGGAACACCACAACAUGUGCAAUAUUCUCUGAGGAUGUGUGUGUGUGUCGUAGUUCUGUUGGCUUUCACAUGAUCGUACCAGACCCUCAGCAACAUACCGCAGGAUACUUGGAUGAACGUUUAUGUAGCGCACGCACUCACACUGACCCCACCACUUGCCUGUAUAUAGUGUUUGUUUAAAAAAGGAACGAACGAUGUUCAGCCGCUUUUAUGUCUCCAUUGUAACCAUGGAAACCUGUUGACAUGACCGUGCCCCUCCAUUUCCUGUCUUUAAAAAAAAAAACAAAAAAAAAACAAAACGAGUUCUUAAGAUGGUUUCCUUUCCUUGACCAAUCGGUGUCUUAUCUUCAUGAAAAGGCUGUCAUUGGUGAAUUUUUGGAUUCCAUUACGCUGUAAGGAGCAACGGUCAUGCUUUGAAGAACGUUGUGAUGAAUUCUCACCGAACGGUCGCGGAACAUCGCGGCGGCGACCAGCGGACCGGGCGAUGAGCGUGCAGCGCGGUACAGCGGCCGUCCUUCUGGACCCUUCUCCAGCAGCAGUGCACUUUGAGGCUGCCGGGGCAGCCCUCCAGCAUGUCAGUGUUUUCACCCAGUCUCUGCGGCGUCAGUGUUCAGUGUUUUACUCUACGGCGUAGGUCAGGAUCUGUUACCAACGCGCGCCCCCAACGCCCCUCGUUCGGCCCACAGCACUAGGCACCCCCAGGUUCAGUAGAGGCCAGCGGGCCUGGGUGUGGGCCCACAGCACUAGGCACCCCCAGGUUCAGUAGAGGCCAGCGGGCCUGGGUGUGGGCCCACAGCACUAGGCACCCCCAGGUUCAGUAGAGGCCAGCGGGCCUGGGUGUGGGCCCACAGCACUAGGCACCCCAAAGUUCAGUAGAGGCCAGCGGGCCUGGGUGUGGGGCGGGCCUGGCCAAGGCUCCCCCGGGUUCUGUCUCCUGUCUGUGGUUGGGGAGCUGGUCUGUUGGGAAGUUUAUGCUUCUGGGUUUUGUUUUGUUUUUUUCUUUUUUUUUUGGUUAUUUGUUUAUUUUUGCUGCUUUUUUUAAUAAAAUAAAUGGGGAAACUGAGGUUUA